AUGCCCAAAGAAAAAAAUUACAACCCCGUGCAGGCGCAGCGCAAAGCCGACAAGGCGAAGGAGAUAAAAAAAGGCAAGCGCAAGGCCGAAGUCCAAGCCCGCCGCAACGAGCGCCUCGCCAAGCGCAACCCAGAAGGGAUCAAGCGGCAGAUCGACGACCUCAAGGCUGUGGCCGAGGGCGGCGGCAAGCUCUCGUCGCACGAGGAGUCAGUCCUCGAGGGGCUGGAGAAGGAACUCAAGGCCGUGCUCAAGGCUCGCGAGCUGCUCGGGGACAAGGCGCCGCAGUUUGGCAGCAGCAGCAGCGGUCGGCCGCACCGCGAUGGCGGCAGGGACGACAGGGGCUCGCUGGGCAAGAGGAGGAGGGGCGAGGAUGGCCAGCUGCGGAGGGAUAGCGACAGCGACAGCGACGAGGUGCCCGAGGACGUGGCGAGGAUCCCGAUGCCGCGAGAUACGCCACCGCCCAUCCCGAAGGAGGUUCUGGAUCGGUGGUGGGCGAAGAGGAGGGCGAAGCGCGGCGGCGGCAACAACAAUAGCAACAACGCGAAUACGGAUGCUGGUGCGGGGGCUGGAAGCAGUGCGAAUGCAGUGCCGCUGACAAAGGAUAGGGGGCUGGGCCGAGGGUCCAACAGCGAUACGGGUCUACCGCCAAAGCCUGCACCGGUGGCUACUACAGAGCCCAAGGUGGUCUACGAGUCUAAGCCAGUCGUGAGGGACCUGAGGAAGGAGGCAGUCAGCGCCUUUGUGCCCUCGGUCGUGCAGGCGAAGCUGUCCAAGGGCAAAGGCGAAGGCGGCACGCUGCUGGAACCUGAGGAGGCCGACCGGCUCGAGCAGGAGGGCUAUCUAAAGGCUACAGGUACAGCGUCGUCCCAGACGGGAGGUGCCUCUAAAGAGUCGGAGAAUGCGGUACCAGACGAGACGAAUAGGGCACCGCACCAGGUCAUGAUGGAGGAAGUUGACGACGAGGAGGGCUGA